UGUGACAGAAGAGAAGGAAGCGGUGCCGCCGCAGCUGGAGAGAAGGCGCGGAUAUGGGUACCCUUAAGGGGCAGGAACAUCAGCCUCCCCAGGAGGUUGAAACACGAGAGGAUGAAGAACAAAAUAUCAAGUUAAGUGAAAUUUUAGAGCUCUUGGUGGCAGCUGGAUACUUCAGGGCAAGAAUUAAAGGUCUGUCUCCUUUUGAUAAGGUGGUUGGUGGCAUGACUUGGUGUAUCACAACGUGCAACUUUGACAUUGAUGUUGAUUUAUUAUUUCAGGAAAACUCAACAAUUGGUCAAAAAAUUGCCUUAACAGAGAAAAUUGUAUCAGUUUUGCCUAGAAUGAAGUGCCCUCACCGCUUGGAGCCACAUCAAAUACAGGGGUUGGAUUUCAUUCACAUCUUUCCUGUCGUACAGUGGCUUGUAAAACGUGCAAUAGAAACCCGGGAAGAAAUGGGAGAUUACAUCCGGUCAUAUUCCAUAUCUCAGUUUCAAAAGAUACACAGACUACCAGAGGAUGAUGAUUUCAUGCAACGAAAAGAGAAGGCUAUAAAAGCUGUUAAUGAGAUCAGUGAGGUUUACAAGCCGCAGAGGAAAUAUCAAAGACGAGUAGGAGCAGAAAAGCUAUUAGAUGAGGAGUCCAAAGUUCAUGCUACGCUUCUGGAAUAUGGCAGUUUCACUGACUAUUUCUUGAGGUAUGGGUUCAGCAAGCAAGGAAAAAUGGAGAAGCCUGAAGACAAGAAGGUUGUACUGCCAGCUGGGCUCGCAUCAUCAGGAAAAACAGAUGUUUAUACUGAGGAUGACCUUCAAGCUGCUGAAGAGCUUCGUAUCAAAGCAUUGAUGACUGAGAUGGCUGCCAUGGGAACAGAAGAGGGCAGAUUAACUGCAAGCACCGUAGGCCAGAUAGUUGGACUUCAGUCUGAUGAGAUCAAGCAGAUUGUAUCAGAAUAUGCUGAAAAGCUAUCGGAACUUUCUUCAGAAGAACGCCCAGAGAGACUUGGAGCUGCCCAGCAGCAUAAAAGGAAGACGGCUUCCUUGAAAAAACAGAUCUUACAGAAAACCAAACAGCUGGAUGAGUUGCAGGCUAAAAGUGCUGACUUACAGGCAGAAUGUGAUGAGGCUAAAAAGACACUAAAUGAGGUUAAAUCGUAUAGUGAAAAAUUGGACAAGGAACUGGCAGCUUUGGAAGUGGUGGAAUCCCAAGCAGAUGCAAAUGUCUUGCAGAAGCUUCGGGCACUGGUGGCAAUGAAUGAGAAUCUUAAAAGUCAAGAACAAGAAUUUAGAACACAUUGCAGGGAAGAGAUGGCACGCCUCCAACAAAACAUUGAAAGUUUGAGAGUGGAUGCAGCUGAAAAUGGAGAGGAAAAGGAACCUGCUAAAAUUAUAGACCAACAAUACAAAACUGAGAAAGAAAAACUGCAGAAGAUCAGGCUGCUUUUGGCCCGUCGAAACAGGGAAAUAGCCAUUUUACAACGUAAGAUUGAUGAGGUGCCCAGCAGAGCUGAGUUAACACAGUACCAGAAGAGAUUUAUUGAACUGUAUGGUCAAGUAUCGGCAACACACAAAGAAACAAAGCAGUUCUUUACCCUCUACAACACACUUGAUGAUAAAAAGGUGUAUUUGGAAAAAGAGGUUAAUUUGCUUAAUUCCGUUCAUGAUAACUUCCAGCAAGCCAUGGCUUCUUCUAGUGCUCGAGACCAGUUUCUGCGACAAAUGGAACAGAUUGUAGAAGGAAUUAAACAGAACCGAAUGAAGUUGGAGAGAAAAAAACAAGAAAACAAAAUGAGAAGGGACCAGUUAAAUGAUGAAUACUUGGAAUUACUAGAGAAGCAGAGGCUUUACUUCAAAACAGUCAAAGAAUUUAAAGAGGAGUGCCGCAAAAAUGAAAUGCUUUUGUCAAAGCUGAAGGCCAGGUGUUCCUGAAGAACUUCAGGCAGAAGUUUGCUGCUAUGAUCAAGUUCAUUAUUCCUCACACACUUUUCAGUAUCAUUCAAAAAUAUAUUCCUAUUUGAUUUAUCUUUGCAUAGAAAUCUAAUUAAGAUUUCAGUAACAAUACAUGCAUCAUGUUGUAAGCAGAGAAUAAAUAAGUAACAUGUAAAACAAAAGCCCCAAACUUGUUUGGUCAACUUAACCAUAUUGAAAAAUUUUUUACAAUGUUGUUUUGUCCUCCUGUGCAUAAGGAGAAAAACUAACCCUUUAUUUCAUUCAUACCAUACUUAUUAGAGGAAUGCUUCAGAUAACAGAAAUGAGUCUUACUGUCUUAAAAGCACUAAGCACCAAAAUUGAGUUUUCCUACUUCCUUAAAGAAUUGAUAUAGAAACUCAGAUAUUUCUGCAAGAUGCAGAACCGAAUAGCUGGCAUCAGAAUCUAAAUGUGCAUCAUGCUUUACUUUGGAAAUAAUCCAAAUAAAGUAAUGAUCAAAAAGGAAUUUGAAGUUUAGCCCCUCCAGACAACUGUGGAAGAGAGAAUAUAUUUUACCAUAUGCAAAUGUGUUUACUUCAUAAAGUGACAAAUUCCUUUUUGAGUCUGAGUCUCAGGCAAGAACAAUUUUACUGAGCCUAAAUAGUAGCAUCCAACUUUCACUCAGUUGCCAUGUACAACAAAUAUAUAGUUGCUUCAGGCCCUGAAUCUGAAAUGCCCAGUAAGCUAGUAGAGGGCACUUCUGGUGUCAUAUUGGGGAAAUGGCGAUGUCCAACUGCAAGGGAAUCAUUCACACAGCUUCACAUACACCUAUACAUACACGUAUUCAGUCUGCAAUUAAGAUUUAAUAUACCUGUACAGAUAGUCCUCAACAUACAACCAUUCAUUCAGUGACCAUUCAAAGUUAUGACAGCACUGAACGAAUGUGGU